GCCGGUUCCCGCGGGCUGGGAAGCGCCGCGGCGGGGGGAGAUAGCGCCUUCCGCGGCUCGGCUUUGCCCGGCGUCGCGCCCGCGGUCCGAGGGUUGGCGGCGGCAGCAGACAAAAGGCGGGCGGGGACGAGACGCGCGCGAAGGGACCUCUCCCGCCCUUUCGCCCCGCAGCGAUGGCACCGGCCAGCCGGCCGGUGACGCCGCCGCCGCCCUCGGAUGCCCCCUGAGCCGGGGUUGUCCCUGGCAACGAGAGGCGCGGCGCUGCUCCCGACGGUAACGGCGAGAGGCGGCUCCGGCGACCCGGCGGCGACCAUGGGCAGAUGCAACGGACGCUGCACGCUGGUCGGCUUCUGCUCCCUGCAACUGGUUGCCGCCCUGGAGAGACAGAUAUUUGACUUCCUGGGUUAUCAGUGGUUGCCAAUCCUGGCCAACUUUUUACACAUUAUGGCUGUCAUCCUGGGUGUCUUUGGCACCCUUCAGUACAGAUCCAGAUACCUCAUGCUGUAUGCUGUGUGGCUCAUCCUCUGGGUUGGCUGGAAUGCAUUCAUCAUCUGCUUCUACCUGGAAGUUGGACACCUUUCACAGGACCGAGACUUCAUCAUGACCUUUAACACGUCAUUGCAUCGCUCGUGGUGGAUGGAGAAUGGUCCUGGUUGCUUGGUGAUCCCAGUGAUCAACUCCAACCUGGCCUUAGAAGACCAUCACGUCAUCACAGUCACUGGAUGCUUGCUUGAUUAUCAGUAUAUUGAGGUGGUGAGCAGCGCAAUGCAAAUAUUCCUUGCGCUUUUUGGAUUUGUUUACGCCUGCUAUGUCAGCAAAAUGUUUAUGGAGGAAGAAGACAGCUUUGAUUUCAUUGGAGGGUUUGAUUCCUACGGCUACCAGGCACCCCAAAAGAUGUCACACCUGCAGCUACAGCCUUUGUACACCUCUGGAUAAUUGCUUCCUUGCCCACCUACAGUGAACCGGCUUUUGGGAACGUUUGCAACAGCAGCAGCGACGACGCCAAGCGAGCAAGAUAAAUGGAGUUAGGGCAAGGCGUUUUCAAGGCAAUUGUCAGUUCUGCUGGAGAUAGGGUGUUGCCUGAGCUCUGCUUAGGGACACCUACAGUGACUCCCCCUUGUCCUUCUCAUCCGUUAAUGCCUUUCAUUUGGUAGCUAAUAGAGGAACCAUGCACCCGUUUGGGACAUGUCAGCAAAGGCUGUUUCUCCAGAAUGGUUCUGGUGAUCGAAGUUUCUGCUUAAAAAGACUCUGGAGCCAAAAGAAGCUCAGGAGUCCACCUACUGGCCAGCCUGUGUACUGUCACUGGUUCACCCUGGCAAGCCCUCAAAGCUUAAGGGGAUAUAUUCUUGUUUCCAAGAAGAGGAGGAGAAUCCUUUUCUAAGCAAGAUCUUUUUUUCAGAUUUUUGUUUCGUUUGUUGGUUUUUCUAAAAAAAAAAAAAAAAUCUGGGACGCUUCUGGUCUGAGCAAAUGGCUUUCAAUGCGUUAAUCCGUAGGUUGCAGGACCUUGCAAUAACGAAAAGGAGUAAAGGCAUAAAGCCAAUGGAAAGCGAAAUAAAAGGUGGGUAAUGGAAAGGAAGGGUUUUUUAGGGUCUGAGAUAUGUCACAUGUCCUCCACCCUUUAGUAAAUAUUUUCUGGGCAGCUUCCUCUUUGAAACUGGGCGUUGUGUGAUCGCCUGCAGAUCCACUUCAGAAGCAUUCCGUUUCUGAUGAAUAGCCAGAAUGUUCUCUUCCAACCCCAGCUUUCAGGUUAAGAGAAGGAGAAAAAAGUGGGGGGGUCCCACUCAUUUCUGGCCCUGAGCCCACUGACGGUGUGGCCCUAAGAGGAAUCCCUGAAAAACCAAUCAAAAUGAACAUCAAAGACCAAACGGAGAUGCUUCUGUAGGCAGAAACCGUUCCUUAGAUCAAAAAGAUAAAACCGAAUGGAUGUCUUUUUGGACAAGCGUGCUUUAUUUCUCUUUCUUUAGAUGACACCCCCCCUUUUCCACUCAAAGGGACAUGGCACGAGAUGAUAACUUCUCAACUCUGGAUGUGGAAAAGUUUUUGAUCACGUGGGAGUCAUCUUCCUAGCUAGGGGAGGUGUGGUGGCUGAAGAUCAGGGCACAAACUCUUUUCGUAUCUCUUUGGGAUCCCUUUUGUAAAGGGGUGCAGGUCUCUCCCCAUCCAGAAGUACAGCCCCCUGUUGGCCGCCUGUUGUUGAAGGUCAUCAGAUCAGUGGGAUCCAGAAUUGCUUCUUUGGGGUGGUGCUGUUGUAAAUCUUAACCACUGAUGUUCACCCAUUCUGCCUUCACUAUCCUAUCAGUCUCUUUUUGAAAUAGCAUCAGCUUGUUCCAAGCUGGAGAUUUUGCCCAAUUCUGUGGCAUUAAAGUUAGUUCCAAUGAUGACAGAAGCAGGCAACCUUUUUUAGUCCUCGGGCUCUUAUCAUAAGAUCCGUCAUGGCAUUUUGCAGGAUUUCCACAAAGUUGUCCUAAGAUCUUGUAAAUGGGCCCUGGAAUCUCAUGAGAUCCCACAUAAAGCUGAGGUCUUGCAAAAUUUAUGGAUCA